AACUCCUGGACUGGCUGGUGGACAGGAGACACUGUAACCUGAAAUGGCAGAGCCAGGUGCUGGCCAUCCGCGAGAAGAUCAACGCGGCCAUCCAGGACAUGCCGGAGAACGAGGAGAUCAAGCAGCUGCUCGCGGGGGCCUACCUGCACUACUUCCACUGCCUGAGGAUUGUGGAGAUCCUCAAGGGCACUGAGGCUUCCACCAAGAACCUCUUCGGACGCUACUCGUCCCAGCGCAUGAAGGACUGGCAGGAGAUCGUGUCCCUCUACGAGAAGGAGAACACCUACUUGGCCGAGCUCUCCAGCCUCCUGGUGCGCAGCAUCAGCUACGAGAUCCCCUCUCUGAAGAAGCAGAUCGGCCGGUGCCAGCAGGCCCAGCAGGACUUCGCCCGCCGCGAGGAGGAGUGUCAGCUCGGGGCAGCCGAGCUGCGGGAGCGCUUCUUCGCCUCCUGCAAGCAGUACGGCAUCAGCGGUGACAACGUGCGCCAGGAGCUGCUGGCCCUGGUGAAGGACCUGCCGACGCUGCUGUGUGAGAUUGGAGCAGGAGCCAGCGCGCUCUCCGAGGCCAUCGAGCUCUACCAGGCCUGCGUGGAGUUCGUGUGCGAGAGCUCCUCAGAAGUGGUGGUGCCCCUGCUGCGGCACGUGGGGCAGAAGGGCAACACCACGGUCUACGAGUGGAGGACGGGGCUCCAGCCCCUGCGGGUGGAGAGGCCCGAGGUGGAGGAGGUGCCGGAGCAGCCGAAGGAGGACACGAUCGACUGGGGAGACUUCACCCUGGAGCCCAGCAGGGCGGGUGACGGCGCCGCUGCCAACGGGGGAGCCCAGAGCGACGAGAUCGACUGGGGCAUUACUGUAGAGCCCACUCCCCAGCAGGAUGAUGGCAUCGACUGGGGAGAUGGUGAAGGCGAGGAGGUGCAGAUCACGGUGCUGGAGGCUGGCACCGAGGUGCCCGAGGGGGUCGCCUGCGGCUCCGACGCCCUGACGCUCCUGGAGAACACUGAGACCCGGAGCCAGUUCAUUGACGAGCUCAUGGAGCUGGAGCUGUUCCUGUCCCAGCGCCUGGUGGAGAUGGAGGAGGAGGCCGACGUGGUGGCCGUGAGCCAGUUCCAGCUGGCCCCCGCCGUGCUGCAGGGCCAGACCAGCGCCCACGUGGGCUCCCUCCUGGCCACCACCCGGGCUCUGCUGGGCCAGCUCUGCACCCGCAGCAUGCAGCACCUCUUCAUGAUCCUCGCCUCCCCCAGGUACGUGGACCGGGUGAGCGAGCUGCUGCGGCAGAAGCUGAAGCAGGCGGAGCUGCUGUUGGCCAAGAAGGAGGUGAUGAGCCAGAAGCGGCAGGAGGCCCUGGCGGAGCAGGGCUCUUUGGAGCCCAAGCUGGACCGGCUGCUGGAGAAGACCAAGGAGCUCCAGAAGCUGAUCGAGGCCGAUGUCUCCAAGCGCUACAACGGGCGGCCGGUCAACCUGAUGGGUGUCUCCCUGUGACCCCCCCAUCCCAUCCCGGGACAGGCACCCCCGGGGGGGUCCUGCACCCCAGACCCCCCCCUUUUCACAGCCUUGGGGUGCUGGUAACGUGGCCAUGGCCUCACUGCAGGGGGGCGGAUGUUGCUGAAUAAAUCAAAUCCCAUCUCCCA